AUGAAGAGGUCAUCGUUGAACAACAAAGAAGAUAGAAUCAGCACACUACCAAAUGUACUUCUCCAUCGCAUUCUAUCUUUCGUGGACUCCGUACAAGUUGUUCAAACCUGUGUUUUGUCCAAAAGAUGGAUGAAUGUGUGGAAAUCUCAUCCCUAUCUUGACUUCAAUUAUGAGACAUUUUCAUCAAUGAUAGAGUUCGAUGAUGAGGAGGAUGGAAUGAUCGUUUUCACUGACUUUAUCAAUCAGGUUUUAGUACGUCGCAAUAACUUUAAGGCUGUUAAGCUUUCCUUCGAUCUAUGUCAUUACACUCGGAAUAGUUUGGUAGAAUCUUUGAUAUAUUAUGCAGUUAAGCAUAAUGCAGAAGAGAUUUGCAUAAAUAAUGCUUAUUGUUAUAGGCCAAUUGUGUUGCCUCAUUGUUUCUUUAACUGUGAAUCAUUGAGAAGCCUAAAAUUGAAAGUUGGUAGCAGUGACAUAGUUUUGCCAGAAUCAUUGGGGUUGCCAUCUUUGAAGACAUUGCAUCUUGGUGGGGCUAAAAAUUUUGAUGGGAAGAUUUUCUCAAGUUGCCCAAAUCUUGAAAAUCUGACACUUGAAGAUAUAAGCUUAUUUGGUAUUACAACUUUCAAUAUUCAUGCUCUUAAUCUGAAAAGCUUGGAAAUUUUGAAUUGGAGAAAUAGUAUAAUUGUGCAUCAAUGCAAGGUUAUGAUUUUUGCUCCUAAGCUUACCAAUUUCAAGUUUCAUGGGAACACUCCUUUAGUUUGGUCUGCAGUGAAUGUUACCUCUAUAGAUGAUGUGAAUGUAGUCUUGCAGAAAGACUAUCGCAUUUAUUACCAUCCAUACUAUGCAGAAGAAGAUGGAUACUUUUCAGAUGUAUAUGAAACCGAGCAGGAGCUUUGUCGCAAUCUCAUCAAGAUGCUUCAUGAGUUCUGUAAUGCAAAAUCUUUGACAUUAUCCGUGAAUAUCUUUGAGGUUUUUUCGAAGGUUCCUGCUGCUCUAAAUGAAUGUCCUUCUCCAUUUACUAAUUUGAAGUAUCUGAAGUUGAAAACUGACCACAAGGAUGUCACUAUACCUGCCCGGGUCUUGAAUUACUUUCUUAGGAGCUCUUCUUUGCUGAAACAUGUGAAUGUCUUUCAAGUGCCUAGGUACACCUUUGGGGCUUGUAAUCUUCUUUAG